CUCAAGAUGAGCCAGUCAACCUUCACAAACACUGAGCCUCAUCCACUGUCACUAAACCAUUUGUUUUUAUAUCUGAAAUAAAAGUUACCAGCAACAAACAGCUCUCGGAGUGCACUGCCAAGGAGGUACCUGCAUAAGGAUGUCCUUAAAGUCUGUGACUGCUGUGAACUGUGCUGGCCUUAUGCAACCAGGCUGCUCCUUACUAGAGCUGGAGAAUGAUGUUUACCUCUUUGGUCAAAAGGGCUGGCCAAAACGUUCAUGUCCAACUGGGAUCUUUGGUGUGCGUCUAAAAGAUGGAGAACUCAAGCUUCGUGCCAUCUCUUUCUCAAACAACUCCUGUUAUCUCCCUCCCCUUCGAUGUCCAGCAAUAGCUCAUUUUAAACCUCGUGAUGGCAGUCCCGAAUGCUACCUCAUUCACGGUGGGCGAACACCCAACAAUGAGCUGUCCUCAAGCCUCUACAUUCUAAGUGUAGACAGCAGAGGAUGCAACCGUAAGGUUACAUUGAGAUGUCAAGAGAAAGAGCUGGUUGGAGACUCUCCUAGCGGUCGAUACGGACACACCAUCAGUGUGAUCCACAGUAGAGGAAAGACCGCUUGCAUUUUGUUUGGCGGCAGGUCCUACAUGCCUCCCACUGAGAGAACCACACAGAACUGGAACAGUGUGGUGGACUGUCCACCACAAGUUUUCCUUAUUGACCUGGAGUUUGGUUGCAGUUCGGCCCAUACCUUCCCAGAGCUUACGGAUGGCCAGUCAUUUCAUGUGGCUCUGGCAAGAGAGGACUGUGUCUACUUCCUUGGUGGCCACAUUCUCAGUUCUGAUUGCCGACCACCUCGUUUGAUACGCCUGCAUGUGGAGCUUCUCUUAGGAAGCCCUGUUAUCACCUGUGAUGUUCUUCAUGAUGGUCUGGCCAUCACCAGUGCGAUCACCACUCCCAUUGGCCACCAUGAGUACAUAAUUAUCGGUGGCUACCAAUCCGAGACCCAAAAGCGAAUGGAGUGCACCUAUGUCGGUCUGGAUGAUGUCGGAGUACACAUGGAGCCACGUGAACCUCCGCAGUGGACCACCGAGAUAUGCCAUAGUCGUACUUGGUUUGGUGGAGCCUUGGGCAAAGGAAAUGCUUUGAUGGCAGUCCCAUCAGAAGGAAAUCCAGUCCCACCCGAUGCCUACCACUUCUACCAGGUGAGCUUCCAGCACGAACAAGAUGGAGACAUGACAAUUCAGGGUUGUAGUCAGGAGUCCACUGAUUUAGAGGACUCAGCACCAUUGGAAGACUCUGAGGAGCUCUACUUUGGCCGAGAACCUCAUGAGCUUGAGUAUAGUAGUGAUGGAGAGGGUGACACAUACAAUGAGGAAGAUGAGGAGGAUGAAUCGCAGACAGGCUAUUGGAUCAAGUGCUGCCUCACCUGCCAGGUAGACCCCAACACCUGGGAGCCCUACUACUCCACUGAGCUCACCCGACCUGCAAUGAUUUUCUGCUCCAGGGGUGAAGGUGGACACUGGGUCCAUGCCCAAUGCAUGGAGCUAUCUGAAAGCCUUUUGCUCCGCCUCUCUCAAGGAAACAGCAAGUACUUUUGCCUGGAUCACGGAGGCCUGCCUAAGCAAGAAAUGACCCCACCACACCAGUUGUUGCCUUUGAAGCGAGUCCCAAUGAAGAUGAUCCACCGCAAGGCUCCAGUGUCACUAAAAAUUACCCCAGCAAAGAAGAGUUUCAUCAGAAGGCUUUUUGAUUGAGUUGUUGUUACAUUCCCUAUAUCAUCUCAUAAUAUGAAACAUGUGUUAAAAAAAUUAUUCCUAUUGGACAAAGCUUGGUUAACAUUGUUUAUUGUAAUAAUUUUUAUUUUGGGUUUUAUAUAAGCAAAAAAGUGUAUUUUUCAGACUGAUUAAAAUGACAGAAAUUUAACGAUGAUUAAAUGAAUAAAUAAGCUUAUAAGU